UAACAAAUUUAUAAAAUAACCAAAUUGUGUGAAGCAUAAAAAGUUAAACAAAGUGUAUGAAAACCCUCCUAUUUUGUAAUUCUUCCACUCCAAAAUUUCUUUUAUUGUAUUUAGGAAAAACAUUUUUAAUUUGUGAAAUACGGAAAGAAAGAGGUUUUCAGCAUAUUAAUGAUGUUGUUGUGGUAGUAGAACUGCUUUGAUUUUGUAUUAUAAUUCUUUUUCGCUAAGAAUUUGAUUUAUGGUGUUGCUAGUAAUUCGUAUCUAAGUUUAUAUUGAACAAAUUUUAUAUAUGUCCAAACCCUGACGACAGAGGGGACAUGUCAGUGGACUUGCCCGACGUCUAUGUACCACCCAGCUGGCCACGCAAGCGUGGUGAUACGUACGGAAGACGAAGAUCGUCUCCGACCUAGCAAACUCUUCCAAGCAGAUCGGGCAUUCUCGGUUCGCUCUGGAGCCUAUAUGCUUUGCCACAUCUGCGAAGCUCCUCUCCUAGGAGGAGGAGACUACCUCGAGCUCUGCUGCGACAGCUGCAUGGUCGUCCGCCCCUUGCAGGAUCCGGGUUCAGGUUCCCGCGCUGAACCUACUGCUGCUGGAUGACAAAGCAGUAUAGUAGCCACGAACCUACGCCAAAAACAACGAUGAAAAAGAAGACAAUCAAGAAGACUACAGGUCCUGAAAGUCCUGAUCCUAAGUCUAAAUGCUAUUAAAAUUAACGGGUUGAC